AACCUGUGUUGUAUUGCCAUCUAGCGGCUGUAAAGGACCCAUCACGACCGUGCAGUUGUACAAGAAUGGCGGACUUACACCUGGUACAUUCGUCAAGCGUUUUGGUGAUGGAAAAAAAUACGAGGUUUAUAUGCCUACUGGAACUAAGAUAACAAUAGACAACAAUGGCGUUUGUUUGAACAUUUAUGUUCAUGGUUCGAUGUCUGAAUUUUCAAAUACAGAAGGUAUGUGCGGUAACUUUAACGGAAAGAAAGCAGACGACUUGGAAGGUGAAAGGGUCCAGGAGUUUAACAUAAAGUGGAGACGAACAGACAGCAUAUUUAAAGGCGUGGCCCCUAGUCCCACAGCAGCCAUGCCGACUUACUGCUACUGCGUCAGGUUCAGAAAACCAGACUGUCGCACCAGUCUUGACAACUUCAGGUGUAACGUCUUUGACUUGUCUGACAUCACUGAUCUUCUGGUCAAACACGCCAAGACGCCUGCUCCAACCAAAACUACCAGACGAAGACGAGCAGACGACACUCCUCCGGAAGUCGGAUUAAAGGCUCCAAACUAUACCAACGCCGAGGCUACGAAAAUCUGCAAGGACAUGAUAGAAACCAGCAAAACUGUUGAAAUCUGCCGCGACUACCUGCCCAACACGACAGUCUCACAGAGCAUUACUGAUUGUACUUUUGAUAUUGAGACCACAGGUGAGAGUGAUUGGGCUGAGGCCCACGUCUCCACGCUAGCAGAGCUGUGUAUCGCAGAAGCCAGGAAGGAUCCAGAUCUCUGGACAGGUAACGGCACCACACCUGGCGAACCCGAGCUGCCACAGGACAUUGCUGGAGGACUUUGUGUCAAGGACUGCGGUCAAAACGGGGACUGUGUAAAUGCACUUUGCAGGUGUAAGAACGGCUUUGAUGGUGUUACCUGCCAGGUGUCACCUGACAGUACACCAGUGGUGACACCUGGUGUGCAGCUGUGUGACCUCAUGACCUCUUCGUGUGGGAGUUUUGUGGUGGACGGCUUCAACUUCACCAGUAGCAAAAAGUUAACCUGUGUCUACACCUACGUCACGCCUGACCUGACGCCAGUGCCAGGUGUGUCACGUGGUACAGCGACAGCCGAACGCAUCAACCUGCAGCAGGUGGGCUGCACCAUGGCCCCGGAUCAAACCCGCACGGCUCUGGUGUCUGUGAGAGCGGGGGACGUGACGAGCGAGCAGAGCAUGUUGUACGUGGUCUACAACUCCAGCUGUCAGGAGUGUCAGGUGGCGGAGAACAAUGUCACGUGUCAGUGGAAGCCUAACCACUGUGUGAUCAAUGAUAAAUGUUAUUCCAACCUUCAAGUCGAUCCAGCCAAUUCAUGUCAAGUCUGUGAUCUGGCAGCAAGCACAUCCAAAUGGACAAAAUUGAAUGUUCCACAAUGUACAGCACCGAAAGUGCAGCAAAUGCCAGCUUGGUGCCAAUGGUACUGGUGGUGUUACAUGUAUCGAUUUUAGCCUGACGCAGCGCAUGCACGUGCAGAUUGAAGACUGUCGACAGAGCUUCAAAUAUUCUUCUCCGUUUUUUUCCGAUUGCAUGAACAUUAGUUUAUAUUUAAUAAUUCUUUAUUUUGAAAAUAAAAUAGCCAGAACAUUGAUUUUGAAAAUGUUUGAUUUUAGUAAUUAUAAAAUUUAAAAUAUAUGAAAAUAUUUACUAUUGUUUUGGUAUACAUAUAUUUUAUGUUAAAUGCAAAAUAUUUAAAUAUUUUCCACACUAAAGAUUGGAUCUUCUAAAAUGCUUUCAUUAAUUUGAUCU